AUCAUCUACGAGUCAAAUUGAGGCAGAAAUACUAUUCCUUCGACAAGAUGUUACCUUACUACACGGAAAUCAUUCCAGCCUGUCGUCGAAUGUGGCACAACUGAGCUUAGACUUGAAGGAUAACGGCAGCCAACUCAUUGCAGGCACACAGGCCGCGGAGACAAGAUGGAAGCGCCUCGAAUCACAGACUCAAAGAAAUGAACGCAUGUUCUCAGCUGCGCUUGAUUGGCUCUCUCAACUCCCGCUCCUCUUAAUCAGCGGUCCGAACAACACUGGUCCCAGGAAACUCAUAUUGAACCCCUCUCAAGUUACUGCCCAAUCUUCGGAUUGGCAAACCAUGCUUAUGGAUUAUUCCAACAAGGAGGAUGAUGAUGACGACGACGAGUUCUUUGAUUGUGUUUCCGUAAUGUCUGCAGUGGAAAAAGCGCUUACGCCUACUGUGAGUGGAUUAGAGUCAUCUUCGAGGUUUUAUCCAGAGCAGUACACGAUCAAUACAGCAACGCUCCAGAGGAUUCACGUGAUAGCAAUGGUACCUCAGCGAGAGACUGCCUUAGGCCGGAUCGACUCAUUCUACUUCUGGUACAACGAAGGGCCGCGGAAAUGGCGAAGAAUUAUCGCGAAUGUCCAUGUGAGUCGUGAUUCGCGACAUUUCGCGGCCACGGUUGUUGCUAGUCCGGACGAUUUCUUCAAGAACCUCGAUUUGUUACCAGCGCCUUUGCAAUUUGCGUUCACCAAGCUGCUCGACAAUACUACAUUGAAACAUGCGGUUACUCGGCUGGACCUCAGCCUCGAGGAUCGGCCGUCCGAACAGAAUAUGUGUGACAUUCGCCCGCAAGGGGGUGAAGUUCAGCCCCUGGAGCCGGAGGCAACAAAGUAUUUAGACAUGUGCUCAGACAUCGGCACUCCCAUAUAUACCGAAGAUGAUGUCGUCACGUAUAGCUCGGCAACUUCAACUCUGUAUGUCGUUUCUCUCGGUACCAAACUUUGCAUUGAGCGAAGGCUACCUUUUGAUAGCAAUGCUAUGGCAAUUUUCUGGCAGAAUCUUAAGCUAUUGCAUUGCAUGGCAGAGUCCACUGCCGUCAUAUCAUUGGUUGGUGUUGUGGUCCAUGAGAACCGUAGUCAACCUCGUGGGUUUUUGUACGAAUAUCUGAGAUACCAGUCAAUAGGCACUUAUCUGGAAGAUGCUGACCUUGAUGGCGAAACAAUACCAUGGGCUCGCCGAGAAAAGUGGGCGAGACAGAUCGUCCAAAGUAUCGCCGAUUGUCACGCCAGAGGAUUUACGAUCGGAGACACAGGUUGUCUGCGGGUUUUUGGACUAGAUCCAUACGACGAUGCAAAACUGGUCCGCAUUUUUGGACUGACUCCUUCUCAACAUACGUGCGACUCUAUACCGCCAGAAUUACGGUCCAACAGCCAAAGCAAAGUGCCAUACAAGACAGCCGAAUGGACCACCCGGUGCGAUCUCUUCCGUCUUGGACAGUGUUUGUGGAUGCUUGCUCAGCGAAAAGUGAAAGUUUGCAGCCAGCUUUGCCCAUCGCUUACUUGUUCCUGCGACUCAUGCUGCACUCUGCCUAGCGACAAUAGUGACGCUACAAUGGGUCAAAGUCUACAGGACGCACCUUCCUACUACAAGCACUUAAUAAGGGUCAGCUUAUCAUCUAAUCCAAACGAACGACUUCCAGCCUCGACUCUCCUGAAUCUUUUCCCGCCAGUUCAUUCACCCUUCGGAGCGAUGACCAAGCAGUCAACACCCGCGCCUGCCAAAGUCUGGCCAGCAUUCUCAAAUCCCUCGUUCUGGUGCGACAUUUGCGACAUGAAAGUCAGCGGCGACCUGUAUCAUUGCGGGAUCUGCAACGACGGGAACUAUGACAUCUGCGCUCCCUGCAUCAGCGAUGGGCUUCAUUGCAAAGACACUGAACACCCGUUGGUCAGACGAGCCGUCUCGAAUGGCGUUCUUGUCAGUCUUUCUGAUUACGAACUGCAAGUGCGGGACAAGAGCAGCAAUGCCAUCGUUGAGCCUGUUCUUAUGCAGAUGAAAUGAUGUCAUUUACGUUUUACGUUGUUUAAUAUUUGUUAUUCUCUUCAUACCUGUAUCAUGUUCUCGUAUCCCGGCGACGAUCUUCGAUUUUCUUUCUACUAUGUGUAACGAUCAUUAUAUCUUGUUCUAAUCGUAUUCCUUUUUUAGUAUGAGUAUUGCGCAGGGGAAAUCACCCCAUUCCUUGGGCCGCCUACACAAUAUAUUGACUUUCCGUAUUACGUUGGCGAUCUUCAUCUUUCUCUAUCACCUCGCGUUGUACACGACUUCGUAUUUCGGGGAAGUGUAUCCAGAGAAGCCGGGUAAAAUGGGCGGCCGCAACGCAAAAAUUUUAAAGCCCGGAUUUUGCUUCCAGGAAAGCGAGAAAAGCGAGACGAAAAUCUAUGAAUUACGGAUUGGUUUUCUUUGUAAGAAUGGGAAAUUAUAUAAAUUGAGUGUUAUCUGGACCUUUUUCGGCC